ACCGGUGGCAGUGCCGCUGCUGGUCACGACUCGGGCCUCGAGCAACCCAGCGGUGCUGUGCAGAUGAAGAAUAUCCCUCAGACAUCCGAGGUAAAUGAGAAAUCCAGCGACGAGGCGACAGACGAUGCGGCCAAGAAUGCUCCGGUUGACGCGGCGGCAUCGGCCGGCCCUGCAUCCACCGACCACAGCGAGGCACCCGCUGCGCCCUCAUCAAAAGGCAAGGAGGACGAAAAGUCCAAGGAGGAAAAGCAGGAGGAUUCGGCCAUGGCCAUCGGUCCAGCGGACGAGGACAUCAAGCCUGCUGGAUCCGGCACCGACAGCGGCCCAGUCUGCAACAUUACCCUGCUGCUCGCCUCUGGCAGCCGACAUCCGUACAAGAUUGACGCGAAAUAUUUGAGCAAGAGGCAUGUCGCCAUGCCGGACGAGGACGAGAACGGCAAGCCCGAUCCUUUCAGCAUCAGCAUCUACACACUCAAGGAGCUGAUUCUGCGCGAGUGGAGGUCUGACUGGGAGGCCAAACCUGCCAGCCCGACCAGCAUACGGCUCAUUCAUUUUGGCAAAUUGCUGGAUGAUAAGGAGCAGCUCAAGAAAUACCAGUUUAGCCACGACAGCCCCAAUGUGGUUCACAUGAGCAUCCGGCCCCAGGAUCUUGAUGAGGAGGAACCCAAGACCGGGAGCAAGAGCCUCCCUGCUGGCGCCGCAGACGGGGACCGCGUACGAGAGGGGCGCUGCUGUGUUAUUUUAUAA